AUGGCUAACGUGGAUGCGGCGCUUUCGGAGCUUGCCGUUGCAUGCAGAGUGCCGCAGGAGUUCCACUUCGUGCUGGAUGGUUAUGACGUGCCGCUGUUUGGUUGCCUAGCAGCCUCACCCUCGGAAGUGGAUGCCUCAAUCGAGAUACUGCUGGAGGGGGCCGCCUUGCCGGCGGAAUCCACCGAGAGACUACGUCUUAUGUCAUCCUUCCGCCUGCUGUUUCAGAAGUGUCAGUCUGUGACAGCAACUGGAUCGAAUGCGGCGAGUGAGGAGGUGGUGAAACUCCGCCUUGGAGAGGUCUUGGACGCGGAUAACACCCCAGGUCACCGGCUCUUGGCGUUGGCCGCAAAGCUUGUGAAACCAGGUGAGAUGCGGCCGGCAAAAAUCUCGAGGUUGGAGGAGCUGGUGUACGACGAGAUACCUUCAAGAGAGCUACCACAAGGGGGCUCACCUCCAGAGCCUUCGGCUUUACGAGCGCAAGUUCAUCCGCCUGGCCUGCCAGCGGCAUGGGCAUCUUCGGGGCUCCGAAGCCCGAAUAUGGAGGAGCUUCAGGCGGCAGACAAGCACAUUUGGGGCUUGGUCGCGGAUCUAGUCAAUGUCCACAAGUUGAGCCUGAAUGAUGCACUGACGGAAGUAGUGCAAGUUCGCGGUGACUUGGCUGCCAUGUUGCAGCCUCGCAGCCAAAUCUUGAAGAUCAACAGGCAGCUUUUCAAAGGCAAUGGCAAGGGGAAAGACUCCCUGGGUGGUAAGAACGGCAGGGGCAACAAGGGCAAUGGCACCAAUAGUCAACGCUGGAUGCUUUCUUACACAGACUCCAAGGGUCAACGCAAGCAAUUGUGCCGUGGUUACAGUUCUCCAGACGGAUGCAAGUUUGAAAACUGUAAAUUCGAGUCACAGUCGGUGGCGGAACACUCCGAUGUGCGGACUGGUCGAUCCAGCGAACUUCCGUCGCCGACUUCAGCGGAUAUUUCUUGGGAAGCUUGCUUGGCUAUCCUGCAGACUCACUGUUUGGGUGAUGCUCCUCUCUAUCGAGAUACAGUUCUUGCAGGUGCGCGAUCUCGAGCACAAUAUUUCAAUUUUGGGGCGAGAGCGGGCUCCAAUGCGGGGCUUUGCAAAGGCACGGCAGAAAACGCAGAAGUCGUUGAGUACCUGAACAUUUUCCUUCGGCAGAUUUUUCCAGAUGGCACAUGGUCCAGUUUUUGUGUCAGUCACAAUGAGUUCGCUCACAUCCACGUGGAUAAGAACCUUCCGGGAUCUUUGAAUUAUUCAUUCAGUGUUGGAGCCUUUGAGAAAGGCGGUUUGUGGGUGGCUUUGCCGCCAGACGAACUUCCUCACCUUCCGCGAGUGCCUCCGCCGGACACAUCAGCUGAUGCCUCGCUGUUGGGUUGCAUAGUUCAGACCAGGAGGUGUGGUUUUUCUUGGGACGGCCGCAUUGCUCAUUGUUCGGAGCCAUGGGUUGGUGACAGAUGGGUCGUGACGGCCUAUACUUCUUGCACUUGGGGUUCAAUGCCUGAACCGGAUCUUCGCUCUCUACGUGAUCUUAUGUUUCCGCUACCAGGCGACGCCAUGGAGAUCGAUGCGGUGGGGUGUGAGUCUCGGGCUGCCAAAAUUGACCAGGCACAGCUGGGGCUACCGGUGGCAGUCAUGCCUCCCGACCUUGAUGCAAUUCGCGGAAAUCUUUUUCUGGAGAUCUGUUCUGGGCCAAAUCGGCCUCUGUCUGCUGCCCUCCUGGCGAAAGGUGUUUCAGUGCUUUCGAUCGACAUUCUUUUGCAUGAAGAUCACAACUUGUUGAAUGACUCCACUUAUGACAGUCUCAUGCGGCUAUGCUACAGCGGUCAGGUCAAUCUGGCACACGCCUCUCCACCUUGCACGGAGUACUCCAGGCUGGAGCUCCGGGCAGAUGGUGGCCCCAGGGCGAUUCGCACUCCAGAACACAUGUCUGGCGUUCCUGAUUUGAGUCCGUCAGAGCGGCAACGUCUGGAGCAAAGUAAAAAAGUGCUGGUUCGUACAAUCAAUUUGCUGCUGGCAACAUACUGUGCUGGAGGGCAUGUUAGUCUGGAAAACCCUUUGAACAGCAUGGCAUGGUUGGAGCAGGAAGUCCGAGAAUUUCUGCAACACAUCAACGCGGACCUGAACUGUGUGGCUGCUUGUGGCUACGGUAUGGAUGUACUGAAGCAGUGGUGUUUCGCAUGCAGUUUUCGGGAUCUACAGCAGAUUGCAUGUAGUUGUCAACACGAUCCUCAGUCGCAUGCACAGGUGGCAGGGAUUGUUGACAAAGACGGCGUUUACGCUUCAAGAGCCACAUCGGAGUUUCCGGUACAGCUCGCACAGGCCUAUGCAGAAGCUGUUCUUCCUUUGUUCGAGACUUCGAGCAAGCCGUACACCAUUUCUCUUGAACAGGUUAGGUUUCUUCGAACUCACAAAACCAAGGAGGAACUUCCCCGAAGCACACAGGACGGAGGUGGGAUCUACUCAAUGCCGGAUUGGAGUUUUCCUCCGAGCGGAUGCAAGGACCUCCUAGGGGGAGUGCGUAAGCAGCUUGUGGAGUACCUUUUCCACAUCAGGGCCCCAUUGCGAUUGCGAGCCCAUGUGGAGUCCGAGAGCGAACUCCCGCUGUUUACAGAGACUGAGGUUCGGCAGUUCAGGGAGAUCUGGCAGCAAUGGUUCAUGCAACAGGGUGUGCAAUCAAUCGAUUGGAGCGUGGCUGAGCAUCAGCCUUACUCGCUGCUGGCUUUACAAAGCCUCUCUCGAGCCUUGCAAGAUAGAGAUGAUGCACUCUUUCCAGCAUUGAUUGCGGGUGUUCCCACAGGCUUCUUCUCGGAUAUCCCGUCCAGUCACGUUUUCGUUCCGAAGCACAAGGAUGACUCUUCAGAAACCCCGGCGGAGCUCGUGAUCUGUGAUCGCAACUGGAAGGGGGCCAGAGAUAAUCCUAAAAUCCUUUCGGAAUUGAUUGAUAAGGAGAUUUCAGAGGGUUUUCUUGAAGAGCUUGAUCUUGCUUCAGCUCAGCAGUGUUGGGAGAACAUCGCAGUUGCCAAGCUCAACGUGGUUUUGGCGGACAAUCGCAAGCCGCGCUUAAUCAUGGAUGGGACGGUUUCUGGAGUCAACUCCUCUUGCUUCUUGAAUGAUCGAGCGAUACUGUCUGCCGCUUAA